CACACACACACACACACACACACACACACACACACACACACUUGACGUGAAAGUGCUCGACUUCCACCUCAGUCAGUGCCAGGCAGCGAACACGACAGUUGGCUCUAGCGUGGAUCUGGAUUUGAUGUACAACAUGACAUUUGAGGAAUUAAGUGGGGAUUACUCUCAAGAAAGAAUGGAUUCAGUGGCCAAAGCUUUAGAAGAAGUUCUGGGCAGAGCCCUUGCAAGAGGUUGCACCACCGUGGGCGUCUACGAAGCUGCCAAGUCCCUCAACGAGGACCCUGAUAACGUGGUCCUGUGCAUCUUGGCCACCGAUGACGAAGACGAGGAGGACGUGGCCUUGCAGAUCCACUUCACGCUCAUUCAGGCCUUCUGCUGCGAGAAUGACAUCAACAUCCUGAGAGUGAACAACACCCGGCGCCUGGCAGAAAUACUGGGCGGAGGGGGUGGCAAACAGAAUGGCGGGGAGCCCCUGGACCUCCACUGUGUCCUUGUCACCAGCCCGGAGGAGUCGUCAUGGCAGGACACGGCUCUGAGCAAGGUGAAGCACUUCUGCAGCGAGUGCCGAUGUCUGGACCAGUGGGUGCCAGUCAUCAACCUCCCUGAACGAUGAACCUUGCUGCACCUGCCAAGAAAAGCCAAUCAGUCCAAGAAUCAGCACAAGAAUGGACAUUCUAUCUCGAGCGAAUCGAGCUCCAAAUCACUACUCGGGUUGGAAAACGACCCUGUUGAGUAGAUGGGAUCCGUUUAAAAAAAGGAAAAAAAAAAAAAAAGUGGGAAGGCGAUUUCCACUGGUGUUUUGGAGUUUUGUCCAUCAGUUGUGACAAUGGAGAGGAGAUGGCCGCCCACUUUGUGUUGUGGUGACGUCCAAAAGGGAGCUUGUUUGCCCUUCUGGUGUGAAGCCGGGCGCGGCGAAGGAUUACAUCACACGUGUUUGUCCGCCGUGACGUGUUGAGCAAAUGUGGAGCGAGAGCAGAAGACGGAGAGUGUGGAGCGCAACCAAGCACUGGACUAUUUCACUUGUUCUUAUUGAUGAUUUCAAAGGGAAGGGCUGGGAGUGUUCCAAUGCCAGCACUUGUGUUACCUUUCUAAGUUAUUUGCAAACCUAUUUAAGUAUAUUUAUGUGCCUUUUUUUUACCUUUGCAGAUCAAUAAAAGACGUUUGUUUGGAGC